GCGUUCGGCUGCGGUUCGUGAGUCACUUCGCUGCGAUGAUGAUAUUCCUUGUUGAGAUUCUCUAGGCAGCCCACCCAGAUUGUGCUUCUGCUCUAAAGCGACUGAAAAUGGGUGUUAAUUUUGUCUGCUAAUUUUUGUUGUCAACACGCUGUGUGAUAAAAUUUUGGGCCGACUUUUAUUCUCUAAGCAGGGACUUCCCGUUUGUGUGCAUAGGCGCUUCAUUAUUUGUUGAAACUUGCUAUGGGUAAAAGUUUGAGUGAUGGAUAGUCUGCAAAUCUCUCAAUCGGGCACUGGAAGCAGCAAGUCAUCUAGCCGCUCCACUUCUCCAUGCCCACCACACACUCGAGCUACCCCAAGCAGUCACAUAGGUAGCUCGGCUACAGGUCCCUCUUCCAAACACGGGAAUGCAAUCUCGUUACGCUCCUCAGAGGGGACUGGCACUACUGGAACCGCAAGUGGUGCUGCAGUUGGACUUCCCUCAUCUGCGACCAGUGGUAACACCAUCAGUAUUGGAAGUCAAUCAGGAUCAACUUCCACUAUGAGUCGACGCCGUUCACCUGUUCCGGCUCGUAGAGAACCACCUGGUCCCACUACUGCAGACAUGGGCACACCCCAUCUUCCAAGACCCGACCCUGUGUCAGCACAAGUUUCAGAAGAGGAUGUUGUUGCCAUGUCUCCAUCAAUUAUUGGAAUGCAUGUGGAAGAGGAGGACCCUCAAUAUCUGGCAUCAACAUCAAUAUUAUCAAACGGCUCAACUGAAAUGAUGUCCACUACUGUUGGUGAUGAGGCUGAUGGGACCAGUGAAGGAACCCGUACUCGCACAGCCAUUGAACAUAUGCAAACCAAAAUUGCACGUACUAAAGACCUAAUUCGAGUGGAACAAACAGCUAGGGAUGAGAAUGUAAACGAAUAUCUUAAACUGGCUUCCAAUGCUGACAAACAGCAGUUAACAAGGAUUAAAGCUGUCUUUGAAAAAAAGAAUCAAAAAUCAGCCCAGUAUAUAUCCCAACUUCAGAAAAAAUUAGAUAGUUACCAGAAGAAACUCCGUGACCUAGAAGUAAAUGGAGCUAGUUCUGGACACAGGCAGCCAAGAGAGAUGCUCCGUGACAUGAGUCAAGGGCUAAAGAACGUGGGUGGUAAUAUACGUGAUGGCAUCACUGGAUUUUCAGGUGGUGUGGUUGAGAACAUCAAGGGAGGUCUUCAUGGUGCUGCAGAAACUGUAAUGUCAAAACCUCGGGAAUUUGCCCAUCUUCUCAAAAACCGCUUUGGAAGUGCAGACAACAUUAAUCAAUUAUCAAGAAAUGGAGAUAACAACAGUGGAGAGGAGGAACGUGUGCACCACGGCAGUGCAACUCUUCCCGGAGGCUGCAGCCUCAACUCUGGUGGUAGUGGCACUGGUGGUGGUGGUGGGAGUGCGAGUGGUACUGGUGUCAAGUUAACAUCGGACUCAGAGUGCAGUUCCGUUACCAGUGAGAGCAUUCCACAUUCUGGGCAUCCACACAGUUCAACUCAUGCCCCACACCAUACAGCACACCUCAAUCCAUCUAACUGUUCCAUUGAGGUCCUCUUGACUGAGUUACGAGAACAAAGAGAAGAAUUUGACAGACUGCGUAGGAAAUUAGAUGAUAAUAAGGAUGUAUUACAAAGAGAAAUAGUUGAAUUAAACCACUUACUUCAGGAGGAACGGUUUCGAACAGAAAGGUUGGAAGAACAAGUGAAUGAUCUCACAGAACUCCAUCAAAAUGAAGUUGAGAACCUGAAGCAAACUAUGACUGACAUGGAAGAGAAAGUUCAAUACCAAAGUGAGGAGAGGCUCAGAGACAUCCAUGACAUGCUUGAAAGCUGCCAGACAAAGAUUUCUAAAAUGGAACAUCAGCAGCUCCAGCAUCAACAAUAUGUAACAUUAGAGGGUAUUGAUAAUUCAAAUGCGAGAGCAUUGGUGGUCAAACUCAUCAAUGUCGUAUUGACAGUCCUUCAGGUUGUUUUAUUGAUAGUCGCUACAGCAGCAGGCAUUAUUAUGCCAUUCCUUCGCACGAGGUUGCGAGUGCUAACAACUGUUGUUCUUAUCACCAGCGUUGUUGUUAUUCUUAAGCAAUGGCCUGAUGUCCGUGAGAUUGGCAGCCAUGUUAUGCGCUUCCUCAAAGAAACUCUAGCUUUAAAGUAAUCUAAAUGAAGGAGCAAUAUUUCUGGCGCACAAGUAAACACUCUGCAAGGACAACAAAAAAAGAAAAAUAUUAAAAGUGACUUAUUGUUACACCUAUGAAUCCAUGUCAAUUUACGUUCCUGCUGCAGUUACAGUACAAUUUACUUAGAUUUAAGGUAUUUCUCAUUUAUGGACCAUGAUUAGAGAGAAUGCUGUGUAUCUUGCAAAACAUCCAUGACAACAUUGAUCCCAGUUUGUGAAAGGAAGACUGAAUGCAUUCCUAUUUAGUUGUUCAGGUUAUACAUACUGGUAUCACUGUCCAGUACGUUUCUUGAGUGUAUUUGUGUCUAGGUACCCUUGUGUAUCUUUGUGUGAGUUAAGUUUUUAGAUUUGCAUUGUCUCCAAGCAUUUGUAACUUGUAUCAUAAAUGUUUAUGUAAUAAGAAAAUUAAGAUGCAUGCUUGAGCUAAAGGCGGGAUUUUAUGUUUGUUUGUUGUUGUUUUUAUAUUGUAAAUUUAAGAAGGAUUUGAGUUUUUCCACUGGAAAGAAACUGUCAAAAUAAGAAAGGCUUUACACAGUUAUGUUAAGAAGGCAAACUUCUGCAUCCAAACCCGAUCUUUAUCAGUUGAUUGCAAAAUAAGGUCUGUGAUUCAAAAGAACAAAUAUGGAGCAGGAGCAUGCCCAUUUUGUAUUGUUUUUGUUCUUGUGUGUUUGUGUGUGUGUGAGCCUGUAGAUGUGUCUUAAUGUGUUUCCAUGCUGUCAAUCAUGAUAUGGAACGUUUCUUUCUAUCCAUAAAGAAACUUUGAUUUUCUGGUCAGGCUACAGCCUUGUGGUUUUAUCCAAUUACUGUGUUUCUUUUUAAUGAUUUUAGGGUAUAUGUUUUGUGCUGUUCUAAGACAUUUUAAAAGUCUCCAUCAUGAAAUACUAUUUGCAAUAGAUGACUCAGAAACUUUGGCAUCACAAAUCAGUAUGAUUUUAGUGGUAAACAUUUGUGUGAACAGUUCUUUCCAGAUUGAUUGUUCCUGUUUUGAAUUUUCAUAGAACUUUUAAGAGAGUGAAGUUAUUUUUUCUUUUCCUCAGAUAUCUAAUUUUUAUGCCAUAGUUUGAUGAACUCCAAAUCACAAACAACGAUUAUUCCCCACUUAUCUUCAAUGUUUUCGCCGAAUGCCUAUUGUUUGUAGGAGUUAGUAUUUCACUGUGCAGUGUUCGUUUACUAUUGUGAAAAAUAAAUCAUGUGACAUAAGGCACAGCUUAUGGGUGGAUUGUAUUAAGCGCAUUUAUUUACCAAAAGCGUAACACUAAAUACUCCUUACUGAGUUGCAAUGGAGUUUUAAUUGUACCUUGUUUUAAUGCAGUGAUCAUAUUAGAUCCAGUAGUGCCUGCCAGCUCUUUCUAACUGAAUACCGUAGAUUUGAAGGUGGGUGGAAGUCUGUCGGUGUAUUAUUUUUGGAUGUGCUUUAAGUUAAGGAAAGAGACUAAAAUUGAACCUGUGCCAUACUUUUAUAAACACUCUUUGAUAGAAUGGUUCAUGCAUAUGCUUCUAGGAUGUCAACAUGUUGACUAAUGGGUCCACAUGUGUGUAGUCCCCCAAUGUUUUGGCACCUUUUGCAGUCAAUAUGUUAAUGCAAUUUUAAAACAAAGGAAAAGUUUAAGAAGAUAAUUAGACAGAAUUUUUAUGCUCAAAUCUUCUUAAUUUGUGUCAUUUAUUAAAAAAAGUUUCCAAGUAGCCACUUUUCUUUGUGUGUGCUAUACUUUCUAUUUUAAAAAUAGCAAGGUUGGUGGUGCUAUGUCUUUGUAUCUUUUUUCUGAAGUUGUGUUCCACUUAUGUGUGUUUUUCCUUUCUAGUAAAAUCUUGCUGAUGUUUGUUGGGUUGAUCCCCUCCAAAAGUGGUAUACCAAUUAUACUUUCAAAGUCACUGCACAGUCACAAUGCAUUGGAGUAUAAGUAUUCUACAAUGAAACUCAUUUGAAUCCUGAUUUUGAACAGAUUUUGUAUAGUGUUCUUAAUUGUCUAUGACUUAUGUAAACAUGGUCUACAUUAACAUUUUAAUUUAGUGAAAUGCACUGAGGUUGUUUAUAUAUAAUUUUUUUAAGUUUUUAUAAAACUUAUUUCAAUAGGAAUGACUAUUCCUACCACAUAUUUCUUUAUCUUAGAUUUUUUUUUUACAGAGAUGCCAAAGUGUUAUUUUUUGUUGUACUGUAAUAGCUGUUUCUUUUUAUCAAUUUUUUUUUCUUUUGAGGUGUUAUGACUGUUUCUAUGGGGUUGAAUACUAUGUUACUUUCUUGCUGCAGUAUACUCUAUGCUGCAGAGUAAUACAAUUACUGUAAUGGAGGGUAUCUUGGCACACUUUAAUGUGUGUACUGCUCAGCUUCCUUUCAAAGUGGAUCAACAUUUGUCUUUCUUUUUUAUCAUCAUUACUCAGUAUCUGUGUAUUGGAAUUGCAAUAGAGACUUGUAUGGGCAUUUAUUACCCAUACUGGAUAUUGCUAGCUUUGGAAUACGUUAUUUUGAGAUUUGCCGAGACUUCUUAAGGGGUGGGAAAGCAAGGUUCUCAUCUAACCUUCUAAAUCAUCUUGAUUCUAUUCUUUACUUAUCAUGUUCUUGCUGAGAAAAUAUCAACCGUUGUUCUUUUAUCUUGGACGAACUCAGUCCGCCCGAUAUUCUCUUAUUCCGAGUUAAAGACGUAAAACCAUCUAAACCUUCUGGUCACUGCAAGUUUUGUUUGAACUGUAUCAGAGUAUACUGGUUGAGUAACUUUUAAACAAAAUCAACACUAAUGCCCCUCAUACAUUUUUAUAUAUUACACCCUCACGUAUUUUUGAAAAUCUCUCUUGUUUUAUCCUGUUUGGUUUCUAUCAAAUUUUACCUGGCAAUAAUUUCAAUAAGAGUUUGUUUUGUUGUUAGACCCUUAAAGACUCGGUUAUCUGCCAAUCAACUGAAAACGCUAUAAUUUUGUCACAUAAGUUGUGAACAUUUCCUACUUCGAAGAUAAAUCUGUAUUUUUUCAUCCAUACAAUGCAGCUGGGCGUUGUUUAAGAUGGCCUAAAACCCUUAAGAAGCUAGUUGCUGUUUAGAGGUUGUUUUUUUAAUUUCUGUUUUCCCCAAGGCCAUCUUCAAAGUCAUGUUAUUUUUGAUACAGUAAUUAGGACCAUGCUCUCGAAGUAGACGAUCAGUACUGUCAGAAAAUUUAUCUGAUUUGUUGUAUAAUUAAGUGAACAUACAAAUUGCACUUCACAAGAACAAACAUUGCAUUAUGAAUAUAGAUUUUAGAAGUUUGAAUUUAAAUAUGGAAGGAUGAUUUUUUUGUUUUAAAUCACGUGUAUGAUGUAUAUAUAUAUAUAGUACAUGUAAUAGUAAAUUGGAAUGCCGAAUGUGUACUCUUAUGGAUACAAUUUUUAUUAUAUAAAGAAGCUUCAUAACUUUGGCAGUGAUGCUUUUUGUGUACUAUUGAUUCAAAAAUAUCUUUUCAGUUCUGGUAUCAAAUUUUUUUGUUGUUCUUGCCAUUUUAAACCUGACAUGACAUGUCAUGUUACUAGAGAGCGAAAACCCUCAGAAUGUGCUGUAAGAAAACACUCGGUUGUUGUCGACGAAGCAGUACGUGAAUUUUACUGAUAGUUUCUUUCUUCUAUGAAGUGUGUAUACAUUUUUAAAAAAAUUAUUCAGAUAAAUGUUAAUAUCAGAGUAACAUUCCACCUUGUUGGACUUCUGUGAGUCAGAGUAUGUAUAUUACUGCUUGCAUGGUCUGUGAUGGAAGUUUGGUAAAACACCAGUUUGUAUAGUAAAUUUAUCAGAACAUCUGUGAUAUUGGCACAGCGGUGAUUGUAUUGAUGGAAUUGGAACCUUUAAUUGAUUUAGUAAAUAUUAAUGUGAUUAGUGUUUUCUGCAUGGACAGAAACUUUGUGUGUACGAGUAAUGUUGAAUGAUACAAACUAAAAAAUAACAAGCCAUAAAAUUUGUGACAAAUUGUAUGAUGCAAUUGCAAAGAACUGAAAGGGUGGAUAAGAAUUAUCACAAUUUGGUUGCCCCCGUUUUACUUUGGUUGUGCUUAUCUAAUAUUUUUGUUUCCCAUUUACCACACUUCUAAAUGUCGUUGUUUUGUUCAUUUUAGUAUCCUGAUUACAAUAUCAGUGGUCCCAUGUUCUUUGGCAUAUUGUUAGGACAUUGAAUUUCAAUCAGCUAAAUAAAUCUUAACAUGUUGAGUGCGGCUGGGAAUCAGAAGGGAGGAAAACGCGUAUAGUGUUACUUUAUUAUGAUCAUGCUGCACUUCAUUUGUUGAAAUCACUUUGAGGCCAAAGUGGGACUUCUACUUGUAAAGACUUUUGAGAUCUUUCUAAUCUCGAUGACGUUUCGGCUCUAUUUGGUGUACUCUUCUCAUGGCUUGGUAUGUUUGUGAAAUACUGCUUGACCGAGGUUUCAUCUGAAGCCAGUGGUAAAUUCUAUCCUUGUUGUCCAAAACAAGUUUAUUCAGAUAAAUCAGUUUUUGUUCCUGCGGGUUGUGUUUGUGGAAAUGUAAAAUAUAAAGAAGUUAUUAUGGGGCAGUAAAAUAAAAUAAGUUUUUAUCCCAUUA